UGCUUUUGCUACAGUGAGUCACGAUGUAAACAUGCCAGUUUGAACUUGUCAAAGCUUGCACCACUUAUUGUUAUUGUCCUGUUGGUUAGUGUUGUGUGUUGUCUGCCUCUGCUCUUGCUGAGUUCGAGGUCAGUUGCCAUUCGUUUUCGUCCUGCAGCGUCGUGUUGAAGCUGCUGCUCAAUCAUGGAUUUAGCGUCCGUUUCAUGUAUUCCGCACUUCCCGACUGUCAGAUCAUCAACAGCCAGUUCUAUCAUGGUCUUAGAUAUUAGAUUGGAGUCUGAAUCUGAACUUUCAGACUUGACUGAAAGUGAGUCUAGUGGUCAAAUGGAGUUAACAGCAUCCUGUCAGGAUACUCCUGACACUGAAACAUCAUCUUUAGAAUCAGAGUAUUCAGUAGGAUCGUCAGCUUCAAGCAUACCCACGCUACCAGAAAUCUCCUCUGGCCCAGAGGAUUCACAUGAAAUCUUUCAAUUUGAUACAAAAACAACCAGGAAGUGUUUAAGAUGUCACGUCAAUUCUCAAAGUUCACCGUUUCCAUUUUGCAGAAAAUGUUACAUGGACCGCAAACGGUUCUUUCCUCCUCGUCCGAGUACUAAGAGAAAAAGAACGUCCACUGAAAACAAUUGCCCAGCAUCCAAAAGGACCAUGUUAUCAGAUAGUAGCCAAUCAGACCCUCCCCAUCUUGACUCGAAGCCUUCUGUGUGUGGUUGCUGCCUGGACGCCCCAUGCAAUGGCGUUUUUAUUCAUGGUGAGGUAGGUCAUCAACUAUUUUGCUAUAAGUGUGCUCACAGAGUAUGGCUGGAGAGGAAGUUGUGUCCAUACUGUAAUCGGCCAAUUUCAAAGGUAGUAAAACUAUUCAGAGUGGACAUGGAGUGAGCCAAGCUACUUGCUUGUUUACUUACUAUCAAAAAUGUUGUUUGCAGUAUUAUUUUCUCCUUUAACUUGAUAAUAGAAACCAAAAGACUGUAAAAAAAUAGUAUAUGUAACUACAUGUGUGUAUUUUAUUAAAACUUAAGUUUAUUGCUUUUCUUCAUCUGUUACAUAUUUAUAAACAUUUAUAUAAAAAUCUAUUACAAUAUAUUACUUUAAAAUCUC